GCAGGUGAAACCUGAGAAGCUGUAAUCAGCACACCUGUGCGCUACGUCCAUCUUUGUCCUUUCCGGUUUCUAUUCGGAGGCUAGGAAAUGGCGGCAGCAACUAUUUCUAUUGAACAAGACCAGUUUUGUUGUUCGGUGUGCCUGGAGGUUUUAAGAGACCCGGUGACGAUCCCCUGUGGACACAGCUACUGCUUGGACUGCAUUGAAGACUACUGGACAAGGGCCAAGCAGAAAGGCCAGUACAGCUGCCCACAGUGCAGGCAGGUGUUUAAUCCCAAACCUCUGCUGAGUAGAAACACAGUUCUGGGAGAAGUAGUGGAAAAGUUUCAGAGAUCUGGAUUUCAGGAUGCAGCUCAACACGUGGCCAAACCCGAGGAAGUGAAAUGCAGUGUUUGCACAUUGAGAAAAAGCAAAGCUGUAAAAUCCUGUCUUGUGUGCGCUGAGUCUUUCUGUGCUGUUCACUUGAGAGUUCACGAAGAUCGCUUUCAUGGGAAGGUCCAUAACUUGAUCCCAGCUGUGGAGCAGCUGAGGGAACUGUGCCCACAUCAUGAUAAAUCGCUGAGGCUGUACUGUCGCACUGACCAGCAGUGUGUGUGUUCCCAGUGUGUCAAAGAGAGACACAAGGGCCAUGAUGCCGUCUCAGUGGUGGAUGAGAGAGUAACACAACAGAAAAAACUCCAACAAGCCUUUUUGAAGUCUGUGCAGAAAUUGAAGGACACGGAGAAGGAACUUAGAUAUAUUGUCCGAUACAUUAAGCACUCCACAGAAGCAGCCGUGGAGGAGAGCGAGAGGGUUUUCUCCAAGUUGAUCCGCUCCAUAGAGAAAGAAAGCAGUGAGGUGAAGGAGGUGUUGCGAGUCCAGGAGAGAGCAGCUGUCAGUCAGGCUGAGGAGCUGCUGGAGAAGAUCCAGAGGGACACAACGGAGCUCAGGAGGACAGGUGCUGAGUUGGAUAAGAUUUCUGGCACUGAGGACCACAUUCACUUUCUUCAGAAGUGCAAGUCUCUUCAUUUCCCUACGAAGACUGUGGAGAGGCCCAGCACUGAUGCACUCCAGUAUUGUAUGUAUAAAACCAUGAGAGGAGCCCUAGCUGAUCUCAAAGACAGUCUGGACGAAACUCUUGAAAGAGAAUUCAACAGGAUCUCUGAAAAAGCCAUUUCACUGAAGGAGACCAGCAAUCAAAGUUUCUCUGAAAAGACUAAAGUAAAAGACAAUGACGUACCAUUCAACUCAGAACCAAAGACGAGAGCUGAUUUUCUACAAUAUCACAAUGACAUCACCCUGGACCUGGACACAGCCAACCCUUAUCUAAGCUUCUUUGAUGGUCAAAGAGGGGUGACCACACGUUCGGAGCCACAGCCAUACCCGGACCAUCCGCAUCGCUUCACCAGCUGGGCCCAGGUGCUGUGCAGAGCCGGGAUGGCUGGACGCUGCUACUGGGAGGUAGAGUGGGCUGGUAACGGAGGGGUUUCCAUCGGCGUCUGCUACAAAAGCUUGGGCAGGAGCGGAGGAGGGAGUGACUGUAAGCUCGGACACAACUCCAAAUCCUGGAGCCUGGACUGCUCUUACUCAGUCUGUUCCUUUCAGCACAAUAAGGAGAGUUUGAUCAUCGCGACUCCGUGCUGCAACAGGAUAGGAGUGUAUCUGGACUUCAGGGGUGGGACUUUGUCUUUUUAUAAUGUUUCUGAUACAAUGGUUUUACUCCAUAAAGUCAAGACUACAUUCACCCAGCCUGUAUACCCAGGAUUUUGGGUGGGUUUGAGCUCUACUUUGAGACUGUGCUCUCUUUAA